UCUGUCAUUCUGUCACAAGUAAAGAGCUGCUUUGAGACGCAACUCAAAAGCUAUCAUGUCCUCAAAGAAAAGGAAGUUUAUUCAGAACUGCCCUACAAGUCAUCAUGGUUGAACGUCAAUGAGCAGCUUGAUGACAUUGACAAAGAGUUUGACUUCCCGCCAUCUUUGAAGCCUCAUCUUAAUGGGCUCAUGAGUGACGGUCAACCAGAUACAGACAACUUUGAGAUGGACGACAGCAUUCCUGCACAAACUGUAAAGGAGGUGUCAAACAAGAUGUCAUCAAAAGAGCUUGACCCGGUUGACCCAAGUCAAGAAAAACAAGACUCCUUGGUUGGAACAACUCCAACACAAACAGCCUCUCCUAGUAAAAUGGAGAGCGCUGAUUCCAGUGACUCAUACCUAUACUCCUUUAAAAUCCAGGUUCUUCCGCCAGAAGAUGCCAAAGUUAUCUUCGAGGAAGCACAAAGCAAUCUGCCAGAAAGUAUGGAGAUGGACUACCAGCCAGAAAGAGUCUCGAAUAUCUCUGUGGAGGGGGAGCUACCUAAGGUUAGCGAUGCCAAAUUGAGUAACUCAAAACUGGAAAACAAGACAUUCCGUCCAAUAGAAGAGGCUUGCUGCAUUGAAAGGUGGAAGGAAACAAUUUGGGGGUCAAACACCACUUAUUUGAGUAAAUGCCAGUGCAAGAUCAAACAAAGUCAUAAAGAUAUCACAGAAAAGACCUGUGUCAAGGAAGUGAUGGCAGUACAGGAGAAAGAUGAGUUCAGGUCUGAUGGAAAACUUCACUCUGCUACAGAAAGAGAGAACAACAAUCAGGUUAUGGCAUUUCUUUGGCCUGAGAUAAUCAAUGUAUUCAGUCACACCAUUGACUUUCCUGAAGAUGACAAACUUCACUCACAUUCUGACAAAGACCCAAUGAACAACCAGAUAUGCAUAGAUAGUAGCCAGUCAAGCAUCAUACUCAUAAGUGAUGAGGAAGAACAUCUGUCCAGCAGUGAAAGUGAAAUCCCCAGCCAAAUGCCAUACUUUGAAUAUGAUUCCAAUCAAGCAGAAAGUGGCCAGUCAAACGGUUCGGACGAGAAAGAGACCAAUACAAUUUCCAGAAAUUGCACUGAAAUUCAGUCGGACCCUGAAGUGGAAUGUGUACCAGAUCAGUGGAAAUUCACAGGAGAUAUGCAUUCAUGUACUUCCGUCAGAAGUGACAAAAAAACUGAAGAUCUCUCAAGUGGUGAAAGUGAAGUUGCCAGCCAGAUGACAAAUCUCGAAGAAAAUUGUGGACAAGCUGAAUUGUCAUCUACAAAUGUGGAAGAGUCAUCAUUGGAAACUGAAGAACAAACAACUCAAAUUAGUGAGACGGGUGCCCGACAGAAAACCUGGAGUGGUAAACUAAAGAGACCACGUAGUCCUGGUAGAUUUGUACCGGUCUCGCGGAAAUCAAAGGAAUGCAAAUCCUCACACCCUAUCCUUGAGGGCGCUUCAAAAAGUCGGAAGGCUUUUGUUCAUGGGACUGAUGGCAAACCUUCAGCCUCAAAACGAACUGUAGAACUGGUUCUUUUUGGCUCAACACCACCAGACAAGUGUGUUUUACUUGGCAGUAGAAAUAACCAUAUCUCAUCUCCAGAGGCUUUGUCUGAUGCAAGGCCAAGGCCUCCAAAAGUGCUCACUGUGAGUCUCAGUCCCUUGAAGAGAAAGACAAUUAAAACUAUACUAACAUGGGAUUAUUCAGUCAAACAGCUUUACAAAAGAUGGAAGAUUAGUUUACCACCAGGUAAAAUCCGGCGAAGAAAAAAAACAAAAGCUCGGAAAUGUCCUUUUGCCCCUUCAUCUGAGUGGAGUAUCAAGAAAGCUGAUACAAUUGGCCCUGUCGACACUGAAAAGCUGCCAGUUUCUUCUGAAAUGAGGAUCGUGAAUGGAAAAAAUAAGACCUACCUGAAUCUUAGUUGGAGGAGGUCCCUCUCUGAAGAACUCACAUGUGACAAGGAAAAACGCACCGUCGUGCUCAAGCAGCCUGCUGAUCAGGAGAGGACUAACGCUGAAAAUGGAAGCGAAGCUGUCUGGCCUCUCCAGAACAAUGAUAUCCUGAAGUUCAGUGUCUUACCCAGUUCCUUUACCUUUGGAUCCAAUGGGAGAAAGGAAACCAAGGAUCCUGGUCAAGAAAAGCCUGAUCUUGUUGAGGGAAAGGACGACGACAACCACAACAAAAGUGACAUGGCAAGAGAUACAUGGUAUUCAAAUGCUAAGAAGAAGCAAUGCUACCUGCCCAUCCCCUACACCCACAGCCUCUUCCAUACGUUUCAGAAGAAAUACAUGGAGAAGAUGCAGCCAUGUGUGGAUGAAUAACAUGACGGAUGGAAGUUGGUUUGAAACAGACUUAAUAUUGACUUCAUUUGAGAAAUUUGCCUCCUGAGAUUGUUACAGAAAUUAUAUCUUUGUGUUUUUGAAGGAGCCACGGAAAGUUGCCAGUUUUGCCAACAAGUUACUAAUGCAUAAGGGUCACGUGUAGGGUCAUUUUGUACGUACAUUUUGUCAGUUGUUUACAUGACUUUAGAAAUGUUUAAGUCUUCCACUUCAGCUACAAUUCCGAAUGUAUU